AUCUCUACGUGUUGAAGCUGAUAGCGUGGAUUCCUCUUCCUUGGAGAAGCUGUGCUCUGACUGUCCCACCAUCUGCAUCUGUCUGUCUCAUCUCCGUUUCAUCCGUCAUUUCUGGUUUAUUACUGUGAUUAUGUACUGACUGUUUGACAGCGAUAUAACACUGCACUAAUGUGAGAAAAAACGUGUCAGUAGACCUUAUUAUCGGGAUCGUAUUUCCAUGGUCAUUGAACAUAUGAUCUUUCCAUCAAAUGUCUGACACUGAGUAGACCACAGCCUGUGAUCUCUAGCUGACAUCAUGCGACCCAGCAUUAGGACUGUACUGUUGGUGUUGGCACUUGUGGUAUUAUGUGUGCUGAACACUGAUGGCGUCGGAAACACAAACAUCGAACAGGCCAAGGCGUUUCUGAAGCAGUAUGAUAACGACUACGGCAAAGCUAUGAACGCUGAGGCGUUGGCGGAGUGGAGCUACAACACCGACAUCUCCAAAAACACCAUGGCGCACCUAGUUGACUUGCAAGUACAGCUGGCGAAUUUUUCUAAGACUGCCUAUAUGGAGGCCAAUACAUAUGCAUGGAGGACCUUUCAAGACCCGGAUGUUCGCCGUCAGUUCCAGAAGAUUACAAACAUUGGACCAUCUGCACUGAAAGACCCUCAGAAAGUCAAGAAGAUGAGUGAAGUGACUUCCGAGUUAGAGAGUAUCUACAGCACCGCGCAGUAUUGUCCUACAUCCGGAAACUGUCUAGAUCUCGAACCAGGGCUGACUCGUGUGAUGGCCAGCAGUAGGAACAGCACGGAGCUUCUGGACGCCUGGUGGGGGUGGAGGUAUGCUACCGGACCUAGGAUGAGGGACCUCUACACCCAGCUCGUCACACUCAGCAACGAAGGCGUCCAAGAAAUGGGUGAUAAUGACACGGGCGAGUACUGGCGGUCGUGGUACGAGUCCCCAACAUUCCAGUCCGACCUGCAGGAGCUCCUGGAUGAACUGCAGCCUCUGUACCAGCAGCUGCAGGCCUACGUCAGGCGACAACUGAUGGCGGUGUACGGCAAGGACAUCUUUCCGUCCACGGGACACAUCCCAGCUCACCUUCUAGGUAACAUGUGGGCGCAACAUUGGAACAACAUCUUUGAUAUCGUUGUUCCGUUCAAAAACAAGCCCAUGGUUGACGUCACAGACAAACUGAAAUUCAAUUACACCGUGGAGAAGAUGUUCCGGACGGCGGAGGGGUUCUACAAGUCGCUGGCGCUGGUGCCAAUGCCGGACACUUUCUGGAGUAAUUCCAUGUUGAAGAAGCCCACAGAUGGUCGGAAAGUCAUCUGUCACGCCUCGGCCUGGGACUUCUAUGACGCUAAGGAUUACAGAAUUAAGAUGUGUACGGACAUCAACAUGGAGGACCUGAUCACCAUCCACCACGAGAUGGGGCACAUCGAGUACUACCUGCUGUACAAAGAUCAACCCCAGGUGUACAGGGAUGGAGCCAACCCUGGUUUCCAUGAGGCCAUCGGUGAUACCAUGGCGCUGUCGGCGACUACCCCCGCCCACCUCCGCAAAAUUGGUCUGCUGGAGGCGGGGCAGGACGAUGACGAAACUGAUAUCAAUUUCCUGAUGAAAAUGGCAUUGCAGAAGAUUGCCUUUUUACCUUUCGGCUACCUGAUUGACCAAUGGCGAUGGAAUGUGUUCAGCGGGGACACGCCUCCCAGCAGAUACAACCGCGAUUGGUGGGAACUCAGAUGCAAGUACCAGGGCAUAGCUCCUCCCAUUCCACGUACCGAGUAUGACUUCGAUCCGGGUGCCAAGUUCCACGUGUCAAACAACGUGCCAUACAUCAGAUACUUCGUGAGUUACGUCAUCCAGUUCCAGUUCCACGAGGCGCUGUGCAAGGCCGCCGGACACACUGGGCCACUACACAGAUGCGACAUCUACCAGUCCACUGCUGCUGGCACUAAACUCAGGGAUGCUCUUCGUCUGGGGUCAUCUAGACCUUGGCCGGAAGUUAUGACCCAGCUGACAGGUCAAGCCAAGAUGAACGUGAGCGCACUGAAGGAAUAUUUCAAGCCGCUAUCUGAUUGGCUAGAAGUUCAGAAUGCCAAUCAGGAGACUGGUUGGGAUGAGCACUGCCCUGUUAAUGAAGGCCUGGAUGUGAUGGCGUGGCUAGAGACAUACAACGACCACGUGCAGGUAGUGCAGCACGAGGCCGCCCUGGCUGACUGGACGUACAACACAAACAUCACGGACUACAACCAGGACAGGAGGGUGGAGGCGGAGGUGAAGGGGUCCCAGUUCACGAAGGAGGCGGCUGGAAUUGCCAGCACGUACGACGUCUCCAGCAAACAUGACCCCAGCGUAGCCAGGCAGCUGCACAUGAUCAAAGACAUCGGCACAGACGCGCUCAAAGACGAGAAGAAGAUUAAGAAGCUGAGUGAAGUCCAGGCUCAGAUGGAGGGCAUCUUCAGCAAGGGCAAGGUGUGUCUCAACAAGACUCGACCUGACGACUGUCUCGAUCUGGAACCUGGAAUCUCCCGGAAGUUUGCAAAUUCACAUGACUAUUACGAGUUGCAAGCCAUCUGGAAGCAGUGGCGUGACGUCACGGGAAAGAAGAUGAAGUCUCUGUACACCCAGCUGGUGAAUCUCAGCAACGAGGGAGUCCGAGAACUGGGUUAUAACGACACGGGGGAGUACUGGCGUUCGUCGUACGAGACCCCCACCUUCCAGCAGGACCUUGAGCACCUCCUCGACCAGCUGAAGCCGCUGUACCAGGAACUGCACACCUACGUCAGGCGGGAACUGAAGAAGGUGUACGGCAAAGACAAGUUCCCUGUCACAGGACACAUACCAGCCCAUCUACUGGGUAACAUCUGGGCCCAGGAGUGGGAGGAUCUGUUCGACUUGUUGCAGCCCUUCAAACACAAGCAGAGUGUGGACAUCACUCCUACCCUCAAGGUGAAGAACUUCACGACCAUAGACAUGUUCAAAACUGCGGAGGCGUUCUACAAGUCUAUUGGCCUGACCCCCAUGCCCCAGACGUUCUGGGACAACUCCAUGCUGGAGAAGCCGAAGGAUGGGAGGGACGUGGUGUGCUACGCCUCGGCCUGGGACAUGAGCAACACCAAGGACUUCAGAAUCAAGAUGUGUACGGACAUCACUAUGGAGGACCUGAUCACCAUCCACCACGAGAUGGGACACAUCGAGUACUACCUCCAGUACAGAGGCCAGCCGUGGAUCUUCAGAGGAGGAGCGAACCAUGGAUUCCACGAGGCUAUCGGUGACACAAUGGCUCUGUCCGCGUCCACACCGAAGCACCUCAGGCGAGUUGACCUGUUGGCUCCUGGGCCCGAGGAUGACGAGAGUGACCUCAACUUCUUGAUGAAGACUGCCCUUGAGAAGAUCGCCUUCCUUCCGUUCGGCUACCUGAUUGACCAAUGGCGGUGGAGUGUGUUCAGUGGGGAGACGCCACCUACAGAAUAUAACAAGAAGUGGUGGGAUUUAAGAUGCAAGUACCAGGGUAUAUCCCCACCCGUUGCCCGCUCAGAGGAGGACUUUGACCCUGGAGCCAAGUACCACGUUGCUGCAAAUGUACCAUACAUUAGAUACUUCGUGAGUUUCGUCAUCCAGUUCCAGUUCCACAAGGCGCUGUGCCAGGCAGCCAAGCAGACAGGUCCUCUACAUAGAUGUGACAUCUACCAGUCUAAAGACGCCGGAGACAAACUCAGAUCCAUGCUGGAAAUGGGGUCGUCGAAACCCUGGCAGGAAGCGAUGCAGGUGAUGACGGGACAGCGGAAGAUGGACGCCAGCGCCCUCAUGGAGUACUUCCAGCCUCUCACAACAUUGCUGAAAGAGAAGAACGCCCUGUCGGCGACGGAGGACGACCCGGGCUGGACAGAUAUAUGUCCAAAUCCUUCCGGCAAGAUCACAGAUGUUACGUCGGCGAGACAGUUCAUGGAGGAGUGUGACAAGGAGGCUAUGGUGGUCAUUUAUAGGAGCUCAGAGGCCAGCUGGACUUACAACACAAACAUCACUGAUUACAACAGUCAGUUAGUGGUGGACGAGAGCCUGAAGGAGACAGAUUUCGACAAGAAGAUAACAAGGAGGGUGAAGAUGUACGACUGGGAAAACUUUCAGGACGAGGGACUGAGGAGACAGUUCAACCUGAGCUCAGUGAGCGGCACCACCGCGCUCUCAGACCCCGACAAGAUCAAGCGGCUGAGUGAGCUGGAGUCACGGAUGGAGGGACUGUUCAGCACGGCCAAGGUGAAUGUCAGCGGCGUUAUGUCAGACCUGGAGCUGGAAAUAACCCGGAUAUUUGCGCAAUCACGAGACUACGACGUCCUGACCAAUGUGUGGAAGGGAUGGAGGGAUGCGGCGGGGCCCCAGCUCAAGCCCCUGUACCAGGAGUUCGUCCAGCUCAGCAACGAGGGUGUCCAGGCUGACGGUUUCAGCGACACGGGACAGUUCUGGCGGUCUUCCUAUGAGACUCCCGGCUUUGAGGACGACAUGGAGGCGCUCCUGGUGCAGCUGAAGCCUCUCUACCAACAGCUCCACGCCUAUGUCAGGACGAAACUCAUCGCCACCUACGGCAAGGACAAGUUCCCGAAGAGUGGUCACAUCCCAGCUCAACUCCUGGGUAACAUGUGGGCUCAACAAUGGAAUAACAUCUACGACAUCCUCCAGCCAUUCAAGGGGAAGUCGGCCAUAGAUGUCUCACCAGAGAUGAAAGCUCAGAAAUAUACCGUGCUGCGGAUGUUCAAGACAGCUGAAGAGUUCUACAAGUCUCUGGGCCUCCUCCCCAUGCCGCAGUCAUUCUGGGAGAAGUCCAUGAUGACCAGGCCGCAAGAUGGCCGCAAGGUUGUCUGCCAUGCCUCAGCCUGGGACUUCUUUAACAAGAAAGACUUCAGAAUUAAGAUGUGUACGGACAUCAACAUGGAGGACCUGAUCACCAUCCACCACGAGAUGGGGCACAUCCAGUACUAUCUACAGUACAAAAACCAGCCUCUUGCCUUCAAGGGAGGAGCUAAUUCCGGGUUCCACGAGGCAAUUGGUGACACAAUGGCCCUGUCAGUAUCCACCCCUCAGCACCUCUACAAGAUUGGCCUGCUGAAGACCCUGACAGAUGACCAUGAAAAUGACAUUAAUUUCCUGAUGAAAAUGGCCUUAGAGAAGAUUGCUUUUCUACCAUUUGGCUACCUAAUUGACCAAUGGCGUUGGAGUGUGUUCAGUGGGGACACGCGGCCUGAGGAAUAUAACCGGAAGUGGUGGGAUUUAAGAUGCAAGCAUCAAGGCCUGACGUCACCCGUUCACCGAGACGAACACGACUUUGACCCGGGCGCGAAGUACCACGUGCCGGCCAAUACGCCAUACAUCAGGUACUUCGUCAGCUUCAUCAUCCAGUUCCAGUUCCACCAGGCGCUGUGCCGGGCAGCCAAUCAGACGGGGCCGCUGCACAAGUGCGACAUAUACCAGUCCAAGGCAGCCGGAGAUAAACUCAGCGCCGUGCUGAAGAUGGGUCAGUCCAAGCCGUGGCCAGACGCAAUGGAGGCCAUCACUGGACAGCGCAAGAUGGAUGUGGGCCCCUUGGUGGAGUACUUUAAGCCACUGCUUGAUUGGCUGGAGAAAGAAAACUCUGGCCAAUCACUUGGCUGGGAUGAAACUUGUCCACCCGGUAUGGUUGGGAAGAUCAGGGACGAGGGGGUUGCCCAGGAGUGGCUGAAGGAGUACAACCAGAGGUCAUCGGAGAUAUACUAUGAGGCCACCGAGGCGGAAUACACCUACAAUACAAAUAUCACAGAAUAUACCAUUCAGGCUUCGGUUGCGGCCAAUCUGAAAUUGGCCCGGUUUGACAAGGAGUCGGCAGCGAAAGCAGCCGAGUUUGAGCCCAGUGCUUUCCCCGACAAGCUCCUCCAAAGAGAGUUCAAACUUAUCAAAGACAUCGGAACCAGCGCUCUCAAGAAUGAGACUAAACUAGCAAGGAUGGAGAAGUUGCUGUCUGAUAUGCAAGGCAUCUACAGCAAAGGCCGAGUGUGCCUCUCUACCGGGCGAUGUCUAGAGCUGGAGCCAGGGCUGACGAGGCUGAUGGCGUCGUCGCGGAACUACAGCGAACUGCAGGAGGCGUGGAGGAAGUGGAGGGACGUCACGGGCAAGACCAUGAAGACGAUGUACCAAGAGUUCGCGUCGCUGAGCAACGAGGGAGUCCAAACAUUAGGUUACGCCGACACUGGGGAGUACUGGAGAUCCUGGUACGAGAGCGACUCCUUCCAGGAGGGACUCCAGAAGCUCCUUGCCAAACUGAAGCCUUUCUACCAGCAACUGCACGGGUAUGUCCGCCGGAAGUUAAAGGCGGUGUACGGAGCUGAACACUUCCCCUACAGUGGACAUAUCCCUGCUCAUCUUCUAGGUAAUAUGUGGGCACAGGCGUGGAAGAACAUCAAUGAUUUGGUCACACCUUUUCGGAACAAGACAGGCGUGGACGUCACACCUCAGAUGAAGGAGCAGGGCUACACGGUAGAGAAGAUGUUCUGGACAGCCGAGGACUUCUUCAAGUCUCUGGGUCUAGAGGCCAUGCCUAUGGAGUUCUGGCAAGACUCAAUGAUCAGACGACCCCCGAACAGAGAUGUCGUCUGCCACGCCUCUGCCUGGGACUUCUACAACGCUAAAGACUUCAGAAUCAAGAUGUGUACGGACAUUAACAUGGAGGACCUGAUCACCAUCCACCACGAGAUGGGGCACAUCCAGUACUAUCUCCAGUAUAAGCACCAGCCCCAUGCUUUCAGGGACGGAGCUAACCAAGGUUUCCAUGAAGCCAUCGGUGACGUCAUGUCGCUGUCCGCAUCUACUCCCAACCAUCUGAAAACAAUCGGCCUGUUAGAGAAGGUUGAGGAUGACCCAGAGAGUGAUAUCAAUUUUCUCAUGGCCACUGCCUUGGACAAGAUCGCCUUCUUGCCGUUCGGCUACCUGAUUGACCAAUGGCGAUGGAGUGUUUUCAGUGGGGAGUCGCCAAUCAACAACUACAACAGUAAAUGGUGGGAGUUAAGAUGUCAGUACCAGGGCGUUUCUGCUCCCGUACCAAGGUCAGAGGCAGAUUUUGAUCCCGGAGCAAAGUUCCAUGUUCCGGCCAACUCUCCAUACAUCAGAUACUUCGUGAGCUACGUCAUCCAGUUCCAGUUCCACCAGGCGCUGUGCAAGGCCGCCGGACACACGGGGCCGCUACACAAGUGUGAUAUCUACAAUUCCAAGGAGGCAGGAACACGUCUUGGUAACGUGCUGAAGCUUGGCGCUUCGAAGCCGUGGCCGGAUGUGAUGGAGAUGAUGACGGGAGGCAGGGACAUGGACGUCGGGGCGUUGCUGGAGUACUUCCAACCUCUUAUUGAUUGGCUGGAGAAGGAGAAUGAAGGGGAGGAGCUAGGCUGGAGUGACAGCUGUCCAUCAGAAGAUGCUACUGAAGCUGGUCAGUUCUUGCAGGACUACGACAAAGAAGCUGAGAAGUAUCUGGUCAAAAUGAGCGUUGCGGACUGGGCGUACCAGACUAACCUCACAGACGAAACCUCAAAGGCGUCGGUUCGUGGUCGCUUAGAUGUGGCUGAUUUCCAAAGUCGAUAUGCUGAUCGAGCCAACAAGAUAGACUGGGGGAACAUAGAGGAGGAUUCCAUCAAACGCCAGUUCCAGAAGAUCACAAACAUCGGUACCAGUGCAAUGAAGGACAAGAACAAACUGAAGAAGAUGGAAGAGCUCCAGUCUCAGAUGGAGAACAUUUAUGGGGCGGGUCAAGUGUGUCUCAAUAGCUCCGACUGCAGGCCACUCACGCCAGCAUUAGAACAGAUCAUGGCCUCAUCACGUGACUAUGACCUCCUUCUGAAGGUAUGGAAGGGUUGGAGGGACAACACAGGAAAGAAGAUGAAAGACCUGUAUCGCCAAUUUGCUGAACUGAGCAACGAGGGUGUGCGAGAACUCAACUACAAGGACACGGGCGACUACUGGAGAUCAGCAUACGAGAGCACCACCUUCCAAGAAGACAUCCAGGAACUGCUGGCAGAGUUACGUCCCUUAUAUGAACAGCUGCACACCUAUAUACGGAAGAAACUGAUUGGUCAUUACGGACAGGAAAGGUUUCCGGCAAGCGGACAUAUCCCGGCUCACAUAUUAGGUAAUAUGUGGGGGCAGACCAUGGAGAACAUAUUCGACAUCGUCCAACCCUACAAGAACAGGUCAAGUGUGGACAUCACACCGCAGAUGAAGGAGCAGAAAUACACGGUAGAACGAAUGUUCCGAACUGCGGAGAGUUUCUUUGUGUCCCUUGGACUCAACAAGAUGGUGGACUCGUUCUGGACGGACUCCAUGAUAAGGAAGCCGGCCGGACGGGAGGUCGUCUGCCAUCCCUCGGCCUGGGACUUCUAUAACGCCAAGGACUUUAGAAUCAAGAUGUGCACGGACAUAAACAUGGUUGACCUGAUCACCAUCCACCACGAGAUGGGACACAUCGAGUACUACAUGCAGUACAUGCACCAGCCUCAGGCAUUCAGGGACGGGGCUAACUCAGGAUUCCAUGAGGCCAUAGGCGACACCAUGGCGCUGUCGGCGGCCACACCCGCCCACCUGCACAAGAUCGGCCUCCUUGACAAAGUGGAAGACAACGAACUUGAUGACAUCAACUUCUUGCUGAAGACUGCCCUUGAGAAGAUCGCCUUCCUUCCGUUCGGCUACCUGAUUGACCAAUGGCGGUGGAGUGUGUUCAGUGGGGAGACGCAACCUUCAGAAUAUAACAAGAAGUGGUGGGAUCUAAGGUGUAAAUAUCAGGGGUUAUCUCCCCCUGUUGUGCCCUCGGAUGACGAUUUUGACCCAGGUGCUAAAUACCACAUUCCCGAUAACACUCCGUAUAUCAGAUACUUCGUGAGUUUCGUCAUCCAGUUCCAGUUUCACAAGGCGCUGUGCCAGGCAGCCAAUCAGACGGGGCCGCUGCACAAGUGCGACAUCUACCAGUCUAAAGCGGCAGGCAAACUGCUCGGAGAUGUAUUGAAGAUGGGUGCCUCGAAGCCUUGGCCGGAAGCCAUGGAGGCUAUCACAGGGCAGAGAAAAAUGGAUGCUGGCCCACUUCGAGAGUAUUUUAAACCGCUGGCUGAUUGGCUACAGCGGGAGAACGCCAAUGAACGGCCCGGGUGGAGCGAGUCGUGUCCGGAACCUGAUGAUUAUAAUAAUGGCGGACACAGUCCCACUAAAAGACACAAUGAAGGGAGCACUGUAGGUCAAGUUCAGUGUCCUACCGCAGCCCCUCCCUCCAACAGCGGAACACUACACGUGAUUAGUUAUGCUACGGGGAUAUUUAGUGUAUUAAUCUUAAUGUUUAAUUCAUUUCAGGCGUAAGAGCUACUUCUGUUUGUAAGGAGAUUUUACUUGAAUAAAAAAAAUUUUCGAACAGAAA